AUGCAUCGAGAAAUCAAACGUGAUAUUCAAGAUCAAUUCUCUACAUCACAAGAUUUACGUUUUGCACCAUUUCGUUCAAUGAAUGAUUUUAUUCUUGAUGCAACAUGGAAUGUACCAAAUUUUUCCGAUUUUCAAAAAUUAAAUAAUCGUCUUGUUAGUAAUUUAAUUUAUUAUCAAACAAAUUAUUUUGUUUUUGGUAUUGCUUUAUUUCUUCUAGUCGGAAUAAACUAUCCAGUAGAUUUUAUAUUUGGUUUAGUUGUCGUUGCGGCUUUACUAAUGAGUUUUGUUUAUAUAUCAACAUCUGCUAGAGUUGGUCAUAAUGCUUUAGCAUCGGUUCAACAUUUCGUACGUACAGCUCAAGAAGAUCGACCAAUUCUUAUUCUUGUUGGAGUACUUGGUGUUGCUUAUUUCAUUUUAAGUUUUAUGGGAAAAUUAUUCAUUUUCUUUUUUGGUAUUGUUUUACCACUUCAAGCUAUCAUUCUUCAUGCAGCAUUACGUAAACGAAAUUUUGCAAAUAAAGUUGCUAAUAAAAUUGAUCAAGUUAGUCUUCAAUCAACACCAAUGGGUAUCUUCCUUAGUGCACUUGGGUUACGUAAUCCAUCAUUAUUGGAAUUUAAAUGA